AUGAAUACGAAAUACAAACUCCGCAAUUCCACUUCACCAACCGUUGCGCUUUGCCUAAUCACAGUUCCAGUGGUGCGAGCCGUUGCCACAACUGAUUGUAAGGCAAUUCGAAUAGCUCUGAAAUCAUUAUUUUGCACACUUUCUCUCCUCGAACCAGACACGCCACAGAAUAAGCUAGAAGGUAUGUUUCAAAGCUAUCCACAACUCUUCAAUGGGGCUUACCUCUUAGAGCUCUACGAAAAAGCUCAAUACCAUCAGAUUCUUCGCCAAAUGAUGGCUGAUAUCGAUACGAACAACGACGGCAUUGUGUCAUUAGAUGAGUGGCGUAACGGUGGUCUUACAAAUAUUCCGCUGCUCGUCCUGCUGGGAAUCGACACGGAAAUGACCGAGGACGGCACUCAUUCGUGGAGGCUGCGUCACUUCAACAAGCCGACUCACUGUAACGCAUGUUGUAGUCUACUUGUGGGCUGGGGAGGAAAACAAGGACUGAGCUGCUCCCUGUGCAAGUACACGGUACAUGAAAGGUGUGUCAAAAGUGCAGCUGCAAACUGCAUUCGCACGUUCUCCAAUCGGCAGCAAGAUAAGUUGUACCAUCAUUGGCAGGACGCCAACACAACGGCAAAAUGCGCGCGAUGUCGUACCAGUGUGGGCGCAUUUCAAGGAAAGCGAUGUCGUUGGUGUCGCAGUUAUGUUCAUCACCGAUGUAUGGCUUCACUUGCACAGGAAUGCGACCUUGGAACCCUUUCGUAUCACGUCCUGCCACCCACGCACAUAUUUCCCGUAUUCUUGGAAAGGAAGUCAGUGUCGCUCAAAGGACAACAAUGGCAAACGAGUCUACUUCAGGCGACCAGCCCAGGCGUCCACUCACGUCCCUUGCUUGUCUUGGUCAACCCAAAAAGUGGCGGUAAGCAAGGAAUUAAGAUUUUGCAGAAGUUCACAUAUCUGCUGAAUCCACGGCAGGUGUACGAUCUCUCGAAAAGUGGUCCAGAACCUGGGCUUGAACUCUUCUCCACGGUCAAAGAUUGCAAUGUAUUGGUGUGUGGCGGAGACGGUACAAUAGGAUGGGUCCUUGAGUCAAUGGACAAAAUGGAAGUACAGUUUGUACAUGGAAGGCCGCCAGUAUCUGUGCUUCCUCUGGGAACUGGUAACGAUUUGGCUAGAUGUCUACGAUGGGGUGGAGGAUACGAAAACGAGAGUCUAUACAAAAUUUUGAGUCAAAUUGAAAAGGCCACUUUGGUGGAUUUAGACAGAUGGUUCAUCAAGAUAUCGCCAAAGGAAUCCAACCGAAAAAAUGACAAAGGCGAUUCACAACCAUAUCACAUUAUUAACAAUUACUUUAGCAUUGGUGUGGAUGCCUCAAUCGCCCAUCGAUUUCACGUGAUGCGCGAAAAGUACCCUGAAAAGUUCAACAGUCGAAUGAGGAAUAAGCUGUGGUAUUUCGAAUUAGGUACGAGCGAGACUCUCUCCAGUUCAUGUAAGAAGCUUCACGAGCAUAUUAAUAUUCACUGUGAUGGAGAGGCGGUAGAUCUUGGGCAGGACUGUUCAUUAGAAGGUAUCGCUUUGUUGAAUAUCCACUCCAUCUACGGAGGCUCCGAUCUUUGGGGAAAGAGCCGAAAAGGAAAGCCACGCUUUACGGUACUUCCUAUGUUGGUUUCACUAAAGAUGCUACUGCAGUCGAGAGUACAGGACAUCGGUGACGGCCUCAUUGAGCUUGUUGGAUUGGAAUCAGCUAUGCAAAUGGGUCAAAUUAAAGCCGGGGUAGGAGGGGCUCGCAGGCUGUCGCAGUGCUCCACCAUCGUUAUCGAAACCUUGAAGCCGUUUCCAAUGCAAAUUGAUGGCGAACCGUGGAUGCAAGAACCUUGCAUGAUCCAAAUCACCCACAAAAAUCAAGUGAAGCUGUUAGUUGUUUCAGCACCAAGGAAAAGAAGCUCUUGGUCGUUGUUGAGCCGUCAGUCAACAUCUGAUGAUCUCUAA